UUGGCUUCGGCCAGUCUAGGUCAUCCUUGGGAUUGUCGAAGCGACUUUCCGUUUCUUGGCCGAAACCUGAGCUGAUUAUGGCUCUAUUCUUAGAUCCUGAAUGUGUGUAGCAUCUAGUCCCACGCGAUUAGUUGCAACCAGUCUCUCAUCACUACUCUAAACUAGACCGUACAAUUCUUACCACAAAAGGUCUCAGCCGUAUUGUUUCCUCCGAAAAUCAUCCAGCCAUGGCAGAUUCAUCCGCCGUCAGUUCCGCAAACGCGGGCCACAUGGCUCCGCUUCCAGAGGACCUGACGGAAGCCGGUCAGAAGCUUCUUUCGGACGUGCAGGGGGUGAUGGAGCGGUGCAAGGCGCUCCAGGAGACGGCGGCGGGGUACAGCCAGCGCCUCAAGAGCGAGGGCGACGCGCUCGGCGAGCGCGCGAUCGCGCUCGAGAAGGAGCUGCGCGUGCUGCGAAAGAGCGUUAACGUCGCAGCGGCGAAAGACGAGGUUUCGCCUGAAGUCGCGGAGCAGAUGGACGAGGACUUGGUGCGAGCCAGGAGCAUGGUGUACGAAGGGGAUAUAGCGGCGCUGCUGCCGCACAAGGCGAACGGCUUCUUCCUGUGGCUGUUCCUGGGCCAUGUGAACGUGCGGUCUUCUCGGAGGGACGUGCGGUUCAAAGUCAAGGAGGAGUACAACAGCUACCGGGAUCGCACGGCUCUCAUCUUCCUGGGAGCGCCGCUGCUGCUGCUGGCGGCGAAGCAGUCCAUGAACCAGAGCUGCCUGCCGGGGCUCGUCGUGCACGUCUAUCAGGCAUGGCUAUUGCUCUUCUACACGAGCCUAGCGCUGCGGGAAAACAUUCUGCGCAUCAACGGCAGCGACAUCCGACCGUGGUGGAUCUACCACCACUACUACGCCAUGCUCAUGGCGCUAGUGAGCCUCACGUGGGGCAUUGAGGGGCCUGACUGCGCUAUGAAGCAGCAAGGCAUAACGCUCUUCCUCAUGUGGGCCAUCAUCCAGGGCGUGGCCAUGCUGCUGCAGAACCGCUACCAGCGCCGCCGCCUCUACACCAGAAUAGCGCUGGGGAAGGCGGGGCAGAUGGACGUGGUGUGGGGGGAGACAGCAGGCAUGAAGGGGCAGCUGGUGCUGCUGUAUCCGCUGCUCUUCAUUCUGCAGCUCUUCCAGCUCUACAUCGGCGUCACGCUGCUGCGCACUUCGCUCUACGAGAUGUUCGAGUGGCAGAUCUUUGCUUGCGGCAUCCUCCUUAUAAUCAUGGCAGUUGGGAACUUCACCAACACUGUAGCUACAGUGGCCACAAAGCUGACCAUUAAAGCCAAAAUGCGCAAGAAGGGUGGAGGAGCAGCAGCCAAGGCCCAGGAAGCUAGUAGUAAGGCAUCCGCAUCUGCACACAAAGAUGACUAGCUGUGUUUGUACUUGAAUUUAAAUGGCUAGAGUAUUCUGGUCAGCAAUGCUUUCACGUCCAUUAAUGCAGCUCAUAUGGGCUUUAGCUCAAUGCAGUGCACAUGCAGGGCCUGGUAAGUUAUCCAGGUAAAACGCCCUAAGUACUCUGAUUUCCAGGGUAGUUUUCUGUGAUGCACUGAUUUUCCAUGGUAGAUUAAUCAAGUGUAGCAAUUCUAUUACCCUGGCUGAAUCAUGUCG